AUGCCUUCCAUCACCCUUCUUGCCCUCUUGGGCACCGUGGCUUCUGCAGCCAAAGUCUGCACCAAUGUGACUGUUCCAGUCUACAUCAAUGCAAGACAGGCUGUUUUUGACGUUCCUACCUUCGAGUCAAACUUCGAUGCAGUCAAGUUUUCUCUUGACUUUACCAACAUCGGUAUGAACUACACCGACGUUGUCACUACCGGAUUCCAGACUGUCACUGGAAACUACAAUAUCAGCGCCAAGUACUGCAAGCCCCAAGGUGACAACAAGGCCAACCCCGUUGUUCAGGUCUUGACUCACGGUAUUGGCUUUGACAAGAGCUACUGGGACUUGUCCUACAACAACUACAACUACUCUUACAUUGAUGUUGCCGUUGCUGCUGGCUACCACACUGUUUCAAUCGACAGAUUCGGAAUCGGCAACUCUUCCCACGCCGAUCCUCUUAACAUUGUGCAGGCUCCUGCCGAGGUUUCUGCUCUGCAUGAAAUCAGUUCGAUGCUCCGCAACGGAACCUUUCCUCAGGUUAGCCAAAAGUUUGGCAAGGUGGUGCACGUCGGACACUCUUUCGGCUCCCUCCAGAGCUACCUCUUGACCGCUCUCUACCCUGGUUCUUCUGACGGUGUGGCUCUCACCGGCUUUUCCAUGAAUGCCACCUGGCUCGCUCAGACUCUUGCCGACUGGAACCUGCACCUUGCUCGUCUCAACCAGCCCCUUCGUUUUGGUGACCAAUCCGUCUCUCGCUCCAAGACCAACACUGCUUGGCUCAGCCAGAAUGUCAUCUCAAUCCUUCAGUCUGCUCUCAGUGCUGUUGGUAUCAACCUUUCGGACUCUGAUAUUUGGCAAGAAAUCGCUACCACCGAGGUCGGUGAUAUUAUCAACGGCUGGAAUGCUACUGUGGCACCUAUUGCACAAAACCUACCUACCGGAUACCUCACCUGGAGCGAUCUGACUUUGACUAACUUCCUUUUCNNGAUACGAUCUAUUGUGGAGGCCAGUCCAAAAAGUUUCCCUCCCCCAUUCUAUGCUAACCGUCUCAUANNGGUGAUUGUCUCGCUACCGGUGGUGCCGCUGCUAGCAUUCCUGCUGGAGUCGCUGCAGCAUUCCCCAAUGCCAGCAAGUUUGAGGCCUACAUUCACCCAAACACUGGCCAUGGUAUCAACUUCCACUACAACGNCUACUGGUGCCUACAAUGUCAUUCAGAACUUCUUUGCAUCCAACGGUCUCCAGAGCUCAUAG